AUGCCCGCCCCUACUACUACCCUCCUCAUCGAGGGCAGCUUCUCCGAACUCGUCGAGGAGUUCGCCCAGUACCUCGACGCCCUGCGCAAGGAAGAAUCGUCGUCCCUCCAGUCCGAAGUUGCCCCCCUCCUCGAGCCUAUUCGCCAGCAGGAACAGAAUGAACAGGAGCCGGAUCUGAAGCAGCGCGAUGAGCUUCUCAAGAAGCUGGUUGCUGCUGCAACCGUCUUGAACUCGGCCCCGGAGAAGGAAAUCACUCCGGCCUACAACCUCCUCCUUCACCUCAUUCACCAGGCCUCCGACCCGAGUGUCUUCCUCUCCCGCGUCUGCACCUACCUCGCCAAACCCAUCACCAGCUCCCCUCAGUACGGCCCCUCGCUGGCCAUCUCCAUCCUCUCCACCGUGUUCAACACCCUCCCUCCCUCCGACGCCAGCCGGUACCACGUCCUGUUGGCCAUUAUUGCCGUCAUCCGCCAGUCCAGCUCCAUCUACACCUUCGAGGCCCUGAAGCCGCAAUUGACCACCCAAUUGCCCAAAUGGCUGGCCGCCUGGGAACUCAACGAGGAGGACGUUCAGAAGCUGCACUUGGCCGUGGCCGAGACCGCCCAGGCCGCUGGUGACAGCGAACUCGCCCAGACCCACGUCCUUGAGGCCCUGCAGACCAUCCCCGCCGACAAGGCUUCGUCCACGGAAGCCCGCGAACUGGCCAUCCGCGCUCUUACCGCCGCCCUCAAGCAGCCGACCAUCUUCGACUUUACUUCCCUGACUGCUUCGGACGCCGUGCAGGCCCUCCGCUCUAGCGACAGCACGCUCUUCGAACUGCUCGAGAUCUUCACCUCGGACACGCUCGAUGCCUACGACGCGUUCGUCUCCGCCUCCCCGCUCUCGUCCAUCUCCGGUGGCGUGCUGGCUGAUGCCGGCGACGCUCUGCAGGACAAGAUGCGUCUGUUGACUCUUACCUCGCUCGCCGCGUCGACGCCCUCGCGCUCGCUCCCCUACGCCACCAUCGCCGCCGCACUGCGCGUCCCUGCUGAGGACGUCGAGAAGUGGGUGAUUGACACCAUCCGCGCCGGUCUGGUCGAGGGUAAGCUGUCGCAGCUGCGACAGGAGUUCCUGGUCCACCGCGCGACCUACCGUGUGUUCGGUGAGAAGCAGUGGUCUGAGGUGCAGGGUCGGUUGAUGGUCUGGCGGCGCAGCCUGGAGAGUGUCCUUGGAGUUAUCCGUAACGAGCGGGAACGGUUUGUGCGUGAGAGCAUGCAGCAGGCUGCUGCUGCGGCUGCCGCGGCUGAUGGUGAAGGCAAGGGAGACAAGGGUGGAAAGAGACGGAAUCAGCAGCCGGCACAGGCCCAGGCCCCUGUUGAGGCUGCUGAGUAG